AUGACAAUUAGCUCUACCAAGGAAGCCACGGAGCUUGAUAGCCCGGCUACCAAUUGGACAGCAGGCCCAGCAUCCAGUGCCUCCAUCAUGGCUUCAUCCAGCGCGUCUUCGGAAAGCGGGCAGACCUCUCCUAGCGGAGUGCGGGACACCUCCGUGGAAUCCAGCUCAGCCGCCACAGCUCACCUCACCUCUCCACUAGCACCAACAGGGACGCCUGCUGCAUCGUUGAGGAGCACCACUCCGAAUGCAGCCAGCCCGACUGAAGAGACAGCAUCCUCGGAAGCUGCAAGCACCCUGGGCAGCCAGAGCUCUGCAGCGCCAGCCACAAGCGUGGCUGGGGCCACCGGUUCCCCUGCUGCGUCCUUCUCCAGAAGCCCAAGUUCUCCACAGCUGGAGCGCUCCGCAACCUCUUCCCACGUGAUGGCUAGUUCUUCCGGGACAGAAAGCGCAGCGGGUCCCAGCACCUCGGUCGGCUUAUCAAGUACGGGAACAGGCAAGCUGGAAGUCUCCUCUUCUUCCACGACAGAGUCUGUCAUAUCAUCUGGACCCUCCGGGAGCCCGGCAUCCUCCAGCUCUGAAGCGCUACCUCAGGUGACCACCACGGAGCACGUUUCUUCAGAAACAUCUCCCGGGAUCUCAGGGACAAGUGUGUUCUCGGCCACAACCCACACUGCUGACAAGAGCUCCGCAGCACCAGUGGCAACAGAGAGCCCGGCUACCAAUUGGACGGCAGGCCCAGCAUCCAGUGCCUCCAUCAUGGCUUCAUCCAGCGCGUCUUCGGAAAGCGGGCAGACCUCUCCUAGCGGAGUGCGGGACACCUCCGUGGAAUCCAGCUCAGCCGCCACAGCUCACCUCACCUCUCCACUAGCACCAACGCCUGCUGCAUCGUUGAGGAGCACCACUCCGAAUGCAGCCAGCCCGACUGAAGAGACAGCAUCCUCGGAAGCUGCAAGCACCCUGGGCAGCCAGAGCUCUGCAGCGCCAGCCACAAGCGUGGCUGGGGCCACCGGUUCCCCUGCUGCGUCCUUCUCCAGAAGCCCAAGUUCUCCACAGCUGGAGGGCUCCGCAACCUCUUCCCACGUGAUGGCUAGUUCUUCCGGGACAGAAAGCGCAGCGGGUCCCAGCACCUCGGUCGGCUUAUCAAGUACGGGAACAGGCAAGCUGGAAGUCUCCUCUUCUUCCACGACAGAGUCUGUCAUAUCAUCUGGGAACACGGCAUCCUCCAGCUCUGAAGCGCUACCUCAGGUGACCACCACGGAGCACGUUUCUUCAGAAACAUCUCCCGGGAUCUCAGGGACAAGUGUGUUCUCGGCCACAACCCACACUGCUGACAAGAGCUCCGCAGCACCAGUGGCAACAGAGAGCCCGGCUACCAAUUGGACGGCAGGCCCAGCAUCCAGUGCCUCCAUCAUGGCUUCAUCCAGCGCGUCUUCGGAAAGCGGGCAGACCUCUCCUAGCGGAGUGCGGGACACCUCCGUGGAAUCCAGCUCAGCCGCCACAGCUCACCUCACCUCUCCACUAGCACCAACAGGGACGCCUGCUGCAUCGUUGAGGAGCACCACUCCAAAUGCAUCCAGCCCGACUGAAGAGACAGCAUCCUCAGAAGCUGCAAGCACCCUGGGCAGCCAGAGCUCUGCAGCGCCAGCCACAAGCGUGGCUGGGGCCACCGGUUCCCCUGCUGCGUCCUUCUCCAGAAGCCCAAGUUCUCCACAGCUGGAGGGCUCCGCAACCUCUUCCCACGUGAUGGCUAGUUCUUCCGGGACAGAAAGCGCAGCGGGUCCCAGCACCUCGGUCGGCUUAUCAAGUACGGGAACAGGCAAGCUGGAAGUCUCCUCUUCUUCCACGACAGAGUCUGUCAUAUCAUCUGGACCCUCCGGGAGCCCGGCAUCCUCCAGCUCUGAAGCGCUACCUCAGGUGACCACCACGGAGCACGUUUCUUCAGAAACAUCUCCCGGGAUCUCAGGGACAAGUGUGUUCUCGGCCACAACCCACACUGCUGACAAGAGCUCCGCAGCACCAGUGGCAACAGAGAGCCCGGCUACCACUUGGACGGCAGGCCCAGCAUCCAGUGCCUCCAUCAUGGCUUCAUCCAGCGCGUCUUCGGAAAGCGGGCAGACCUCUCCUAGCGGAGUGCGGGACACCUCCGUGGAAUCCAGCUCAGCCGCCACAGCUCACCUCACCUCUCCACUAGCACCAACGCCUGCUGCAUCGUUGAGGAGCACCACUCCGAAUGCAGCCAGCCCGACUGAAGAGACAGCAUCCUCGGAAGCUGCAAGCACCCUGGGCAGCCAGAGCUCUGCAGCGCCAGCCACAAGCGUGGCUGGGGCCACCGGUUCCCCUGCUGCGUCCUUCUCCAGAAGCCCAAGUUCUCCACAGCUGGAGGGCUCCGCAACCUCUUCCCACGUGAUGGCUAGUUCUUCCGGGACAGAAAGCGCAGCGGGUCCCAGCACCUCGGUCGGCUUAUCAAGUACGGGAACAGGCAAGCUGGAAGUCUCCUCUUCUUCCACGACAGAGUCUGUCAUAUCAUCUGGACCCUCCGGGAGCCCGGCAUCCUCCAGCUCUGAAUCGCUACCUCAGGUGACCACCACGGAGCACGUUUCUUCAGAAACAUCUCCCGGGAUCUCAGGGACAAGUGUGUUCUCGGCCACAACCCACACUGCUGACAAGAGCUCCGCAGCACCAGUGGCAACAGAGAGCCCGGCUACCACUUGGACGGCAGGCCCAGCAUCCAGUGCCUCCAUCAUGGCUUCAUCCAGCGCGUCUUCGGAAAGCGGGCAGACCUCUCCUAGCGGAGUGCGGGACACCUCCGUGGAAUCCAGCUCAGCCGCCACAGCUCACCUCACCUCUCCACUAGCACCAACGGGGACGCCUGCUGCAUCGUUGAGGAGCACCACUCCGAAUGCAGCCAGCCCGACUGAAGAGACAGCAUCCUCGGAAGCUGCAAGCACCCUGGGCAGCCAGAGCUCUGCAGCGCCAGCCACAAGCGUGGCUGGGGCCACCGGUUCCCCUGCUGCGUCCUUCUCCAGAAGCCCAAGUUCUCCACAGCUGGAGGGCUCCGCAACCUCUUCCCACGUGAUGGCUAGUUCUUCCGGGACAGAAAGCGCAGCGGGUCCCAGCACCUCGGUCGGCUUAUCAAGUACGGGAACAGGCAAGCUGGAAGUCUCCUCUUCUUCCACGACAGAGUCUGUCAUAUCAUCUGGACCCUCCGGGAGCCCGGCAUCCUCCAGCUCUGAAGCGCUACCUCAGGUGACCACCACGGAGCACGUUUCUUCAGAAACAUCUCCCGGGAUCUCAGGGACAAGUGUGUUCUCGGCCACAACCCACACUGCUGACAAGAGCUCCGCAGCACCAGUGGCAACAGAGAGCCCGGCUACCACUUGGACGGCAGGCCCAGCAUCCAGUGCCUCCAUCAUGGCUUCAUCCAGCGCGUCUUCGGAAAGCGGGCAGACCUCUCCUAGCGGAGUGCGGGACACCUCCGUGGAAUCCAGCUCAGCCGCCACAGCUCACCUCACCUCUCCACUAGCACCAACGGGGACGCCUGCUGCAUCGUUGAGGAGCACCACUCCGAAUGCAGCCAGCCCGACUGAAGAGACAGCAUCCUCGGAAGCUGCAAGCACCCUGGGCAGCCAGAGCUCUGCAGCGCCAGCCACAAGCGUGGCUGGGGCCACCGGUUCCCCUGCUGCGUCCUUCUCCAGAAGCCCAAGUUCUCCACAGCUGGAGGGCUCCGCAACCUCUUCCCACGUGAUGGCUAGUUCUUCCGGGACAGAAAGCGCAGCGGGUCCCAGCACCUCGGUCGGCUUAUCAAGUACGGGAACAGGCAAGCUGGAAGUCUCCUCUUCUUCCACGACAGAGUCUGUCAUAUCAUCUGGACCCUCCGGGAGCCCGGCAUCCUCCAGCUCUGAAGCGCUACCUCAGGUGACCACCACGGAGCACGUUUCUUCAGAAACAUCUCCCGGGAUCUCAGGGACAAGUGUGUUCUCGGCCACAACCCACACUGCUGACAAGAGCUCCGCAGCACCAGUGGCAACAGAGAGCCCGGCUACCACUUGGACGGCAGGCCCAGCAUCCAGUGCCUCCAUCAUGGCUUCAUCCAGCGCAUCUUCGGAAAGCGGGCAGACCUCUCCUAGCGGAGUGCGGGACACCUCCGUGGAAUCCAGCUCAGCCGCCACAGCUCACCUCACCUCUCCACUAGCACCAACGGGGACGCCUGCUGCAUCGUUGAGGAGCACCACUCCGAAUGCAGCCAGCCCGACUGAAGAGACAGCAUCCUCGGAAGCUGCAAGCACCCUGGGCAGCCAGAGCUCUGCAGCGCCAGCCACAAGCGUGGCUGGGGCCACCGGUUCCCCUGCUGCGUCCUUCUCCAGAAGCCCAAGUUCUCCACAGCUGGAGGGCUCCGCAACCUCUUCCCACGUGAUGGCUAGUUCUUCCGGGACAGAAAGCGCAGCGGGUCCCAGCACCUCGGUCGGCUUAUCAAGUACGGGAACAGGCAAGCUGGAAGUCUCCUCUUCUUCCACGACAGAGUCUGUCAUAUCAUCUGGGAACCCGGCAUCCUCCAGCUCUGAAGCGCUACCUCAGGUGACCACCACGGAGCACGUUUCUUCAGAAACAUCUCCCGGGAUCUCAGGGACAAGUGUGUUCUCGGCCACAACCCACACUGCUGACAAGAGCUCCGCAGCACCAGUGGCAACAGAGAGCCCGGCUACCAAUUGGACGGCAGGCCCAGCAUCCAGUGCCUCCAUCAUGGCUUCAUCCAGCGCGUCUUCGGAAAGCGGGCAGACCUCUCCUAGCGGAGUGCGGGACACCUCCGUGGAAUCCAGCUCAGCCGCCACAGCUCACCUCACCUCUCCACUAGCACCAACGGGGACGCCUGCUGCAUCGUUGAGGAGCACCACUCCGAAUGCAGCCAGCCCGACUGAAGAGACAGCAUCCUCGGAAGCUGCAAGCACCCUGGGCAGCCAGAGCUCUGCAGCGCCAGCCACAAGCGUGGCUGGGGCCACCGGUUCCCCUGCUGCGUCCUUCUCCAGAAGCCCAAGUUCUCCACAGCUGGAGGGCUCCGCAACCUCUUCCCACGUGAUGGCUAGUUCUUCCGGGACAGAAAGCGCAGCGGGUCCCAGCACCUCGGUCGGCUUAUCAAGUACGGGAACAGGCAAGCUGGAAGUCUCCUCUUCUUCCACGACAGAGUCUGUCAUAUCAUCUGGACCCUCCGGGAGCCCGGCAUCCUCCAGCUCUGAAGCGCUACCUCAGGUGACCACCACGGAGCACGUUUCUUCAGAAACAUCUCCCGGGAUCUCAGGGACAAGUGUGUUCUCGGCCACAACCCACACUGCUGACAAGAGCUCCGCAGCACCAGUGGCAACAGAGAGCCCGGCUACCAAUUGGACGGCAGGCCCAGCAUCCAGUGCCUCCAUCAUGGCUUCAUCCAGCGCAUCUUCGGAAAGCGGGCAGACCUCUCCUAGCGGAGUGCGGGACACCUCCGUGGAAUCCAGCUCAGCCGCCACAGCUCACCUCACCUCUCCACUAGCACCAACGGGGACGCCUGCUGCAUCGUUGAGGAGCACCACUCCGAAUGCAGCCAGCCCGACUGAAGAGACAGCAUCCUCGGAAGCUGCAAGCACCCUGGGCAGCCAGAGCUCUGCAGCGCCAGCCACAAGCGUGGCUGGGGCCACCGGUUCCCCUGCUGCGUCCUUCUCCAGAAGCCCAAGUUCUCCACAGCUGGAGGGCUCCGCAACCUCUUCCCACGUGAUGGCUAGUUCUUCCGGGACAGAAAGCGCAGCGGGUCCCAGCACCUCGGUCGGCUUAUCAAGUACGGGAACAGGCAAGCUGGAAGUCUCCUCUUCUUCCACGACAGAGUCUGUCAUAUCAUCUGACCCUCCGGGAGCCCGGCAUCCUCCAGCUCUGAAGCGCUACCUCAGGUGA